CGAGUAGAAGCGCAUUCGGUGGGUGAACGGGUCUGAUUGAAGGAACUCGGCUCGAUACAACACCGGAUAUACGUCUGCCUCACUCUGCCUGUCUGCAGCAGCGCAGCCUUUACAACCAUCUCCCCCAACUUCAGUUUGAGCAGCUCGGGCAGUGUAGACGCCUGUCCGGAUGGAGGACAAACCGCUCACCUAAUCUGUGUCACUACGCUUGACACGACCCACAGUCGGGCAUGUAGCUACGUGUAUUCCCUCUAAAUAGUACGUCUGUGUUUUAAUGCUGAAAAUGGGCUCCCGUGGAGAGAGUAUUCGCAGGGAUCUAAUAGUGAGAGCAUUACGUUGCAUGCACAGUCAGCGUGAUUUGCUAUGGUGAUACUACAAGAAGCUAACCCCGAGCUAGCCCAGGGAUCGUUUUUGGGAGAUACCUUUUUUUGGACAAAGCUACACGCAAACGUGUGAAUUAGACACUUUCUGUUCAUCUUCAUUAAGGUGGAAUAUAAAAAGGGAAUGUCGAACCAAGGAGUUAGGAGAAAUGGCCCAGUAAAGCUGCGGUUGACAGUCCUCUGUGCAAAGAACCUGGCAAAGAAAGACUUCUUUCGGUUGCCAGAUCCUUUUGCUAAAGUGGUAGUGGAUGGUUCUGGACAAUGCCACUCUACAGAUACUGUGAGAAAUACUCUAGAUCCAAAGUGGAAUCAACAUUAUGAUCUGUACAUUGGAAAGUCGGACUCCAUUACAAUCAGUGUCUGGAACCACAAGAAGAUCCACAAAAAGCAGGGCGCAGGUUUCCUCGGCUGUGUCCGGCUCUUGUCCAACGCCAUCAAUAGACUCAAAGACACAGGCUAUCAGAGACUGGAUCUGAAUAGGCUGGGCCCCAAUGACAAUGAUACUGUAAGAGGACAGAUAGUAGUGAGUCUUCAGUCCAGAGAUCGCAUCGGAUCCGGGGGACCUGUGGUUGACUGCAGUCGUCUGUUUGACAAUGACUUGCCUGACGGCUGGGAAGAGAGGAGGACAGCAUCUGGAAGGAUACAGUACCUGAACCACAUCACUCGCACCACGCAAUGGGAGAGACCCACCAGACCAGCGUCGGAGUACUCCAGCCCAUCGGGGCGUCCGUUGAGCUGUGUGGUGGAUGAAAACACACCAGUGAUUACUCCUGUUAACGGGGCUGUGGCCAGCGGGCCUCCAGGGGAACAGCGGAUCCAGGAAAGAAGGGUUCGAUCGCAGCGGCAUCGAAACUACAUGAGUCGAACACAUCUGCAUACGCCUCCUGAUCUGCCUGAGGGCUACGAGCAAAGAACAACCCAACAGGGCCAGGUGUACUUCCUCCACACACAAACCGGAGUCAGCACCUGGCAUGACCCCCGAGUACCCAGGGACUUAAGCAAUGUAAACUGUGAGGAGCUAGGACCACUGCCUCCAGGCUGGGAGAUCAGAAACACUGCCACCGGCCGCGUCUACUUUGUCGACCACAACAAUCGAACAACACAGUUCACAGAUCCACGACUGUCUGCUAACCUGCAUCUAGUGCUUAACAGCCCGAGUUCAAAUGGUUCCCGUGUGGCCACGGACAGCCAAAACACUAACCUCAGUCAUCCGCCACAGUUGAAGGAGCAAGGUGGUCCUGGAGUUCCUCCGCAGGCUCUGUCUCCCGCUCAGUUACCUGAAGAGGCUGAGUGUCUGACCGUGCCCAAAUACAAGAGAGACCUGGUGCAGAAGCUGAAGAUUCUCCGGCAGGAGCUCUCACAGCAACAACCCCAAGCUGGCCACUGCCGCAUCGAGGUUAGCCGAGAGGAGAUCUUUGAGGAGUCGUAUCGGCAGGUGAUGAAGAUGCGUCCAAAGGAUCUUUGGAAAAGACUGAUGAUCAAAUUCAGAGGAGAAGAGGGACUGGACUAUGGUGGAGUAGCUAGGGAAUGGUUGUACCUGCUGUCACACGAGAUGUUGAACCCAUAUUACGGCUUGUUCCAAUACUCCAGAGAUGACAUCUACACUCUGCAGAUUAACCCAGACUCUGCCGUCAACCCAGAACACCUGUCUUACUUCCAUUUUGUGGGCCGCAUUAUGGGCAUGGCGGUGUUUCACGGCCACUACAUUGACGGCGGCUUCACGUUGCCGUUCUACAAGCAGCUGCUCGGAAAACCGAUCACGCUGGACGACAUGGAAUCUGUCGACCCCGACCUCCACAACAGUCUUGUUUGGAUUUUGGACAACGACAUCACAGGUGUCCUGGACCACACCUUCUGUGUAGAACACAACGCUUAUGGAGAAAUCAUCCCGCACGAGCUGAAGCCCAAUGGGAAGAGCAUCCCGGUGACGGAGGAAACCAAGAAGGAGUAUGUCAGGCUGUAUGUGAACUGGCGUUUCCUUCAUGGCAUUGAGGCUCAGUUUCUGGCCCUCCAGAAAGGCUUCAAUGAGGUCAUCCCACAGCACCUACUCAAAGCCUUCGACGAGAAGGAAUUAGAGCUGAUCGUUUGCGGACUGGGAAAGAUCGACAUCGCCGACUGGAAGUCCAACACUCGCCUGAAGCACUGCACCCCAGACAGCAACAUUGUCAAGUGGUUUUGGAAAGCUGUCGAGUCGUUUGAUGAGGAGAGGAGGGCGCGACUCCUGCAGUUUGUUACUGGCUCGUCGAGAGUCCCACUGCAAGGCUUCAAGGCUUUACAGGGUGCGGCAGGACCCAGACUCUUCACCAUUCAUCAGAUUGAUGCAAACACCAAUAAUCUGCCCAAAGCCCACACCUGCUUCAACCGGAUCGACAUUCCUCCCUACGAGGGCUACGAUAAACUGUACGACAAGCUACUGACGGCGAUUGAGGAGACGUGUGGCUUCGCAGUGGAAUGAGAAUGACAUUGUGUGGUUCGUAUGCAACUGUGUGGAUCGACGCUGCAACAUGCCGGCUAGAUCGCCCUCCCCUGAGUAUCCAGCCUACAGUCUUCCUCUUCUCUCACCGAUGUCCUUGCUCUUCCAUCAUCAGCAUCUGUUCAAACAGCUGCCAGUCACCCUGUAGUUGUUUCUGUGCUUGGAGUUCUUGUUUUAUUCCAUUCAGAAAAUGAAAAUAGAUCAAAUUAAAUUAGGAAACUGUUACCAGCUUACAGUUCGACAUCCUAAAAAGUUACUUUAAACAUUUUUUCCUCAGACACAUAAGAACAAAGAUUGACUAUUUUGAUUUGCUCAUGCUACUGAAUCCUUAACGCUGCAGGUAGCCGAGUCGUUCCUUUUAGUAGCCAUCAUAACCUCAAUCACAACCCCUCAAAGUCCUCAUGGCUGCAGUGUUGGCCUUCUUCAUCCUGUCAGAGCGCCUUGAAGUCAUCCUACCUCAGUGGAAAGCUUUCAUAUUUAAACUUAUUCAUUCUAAAUUACCAUGCAUCAUCUUUAAAUUUAAACAAUGAUCCAUGAUUUCUUUCUUCGCACCAGCAACUACUUUGUACUGUAUUAAGACCAUAUGAGUUGGUUAGUGACCAUUAUGGAACCGGAUUUAAAAGUGGUGCUGGCACUGGGAGGUUCUGGUGGUUUUAAUGCACAGAAUCUGGAAAAAAUGGCUGUUUGCACCCUAAAUAACUGCAGGGUGGCCACAUCUUUUGUAAGCAUGUGCAAUGCCUUGCAAAAGUUAUAGUAUUCCUUAAAUCUUUUCCCAUUUUGUUACAUUACAACCACAACCUUUUAGGUGUAAAAUUGUGCAUGAUUCACAUUUUUUAGAAAUAAAAUUCUAAAAAGUGCGGUGUGCUUUUACAUUCAGCCCCCACCACAGUCAGUACCUUAUAGAGCCACAUUUCACCGCAAAUACAGCUGCAGGUGCUUGUGGGUCCCUAAGAGCAUUGCACAUCUACAAACUGACAUUUCUGCCCAUUUUUAAUUUUCAAAAUAGCUCAAGAUCAGUCAGAUUGAAAGGAGAGUUUUGUCAACAAUUCUUUCAGGUUUAUGUCUAGGUUGGUCUAACACACGGCUGAGCUUUGAUCUAAACAGCUCCUUUGUUUCUCUGUUUGGAUGUUUGCUGUUUUUGUCCUUCUGGGAGAUAAAUCUCUGCCCCAAGACUUCUUCAGCCUGCAAACGGCUGUCUUCCAGUACUGCCCUGUAUUUGGCUCCAUCCAUCCUAUCAAACUUGACCUGCUAACUGUUCCCUGCUGAUGAGAAACAUACCUACAACCCGAGGCUGCCACCACCAUGUUUCACCAUGGGGAUGGUGUGUUCUGGGAUUGUUUUCUUUGCCACGCACAUUUUUUUUGCAUGUAGGCCGGAAAGUUCAGUUUUUGUCUCAUCUGAGCAGAGCAGCUUGUACAUGUUUGCUGCAUUCCCGACCUGGCUUGUGGCAGAAUGCAGGGAAAAUCUUUGACUUUCUUUCAGCGAUUCAUCAAUUUUGCCAGAUCUGUGGAGUACACAACUAUUGGUUGUCCCGCCCACAGAUUGUUCCACUUGUGGAUCUCUACAUCUCCUCCAGAGUAACCAUGGACCUCUUGGCUGCUUCUCUGAUUGAUGUUCUUUCACUGCCUGCAACUUAAGGUGGGCGGCCAUAUUUAGUUAGGUUUACAGUUGUGGUGACUGCAGAGGUUUUUAUGAAUGGGUAUGAGAGUAAAAUGGGCUGAAUACAUUUGCACACCAACUGUUUCAGCCUUUUUUGUAAUUGGAAAACCAUUCAUCCCUUUCUUUCCACUUCACAUUUUUGGAAAAAAACCAAAAAAACAAUAAAAUGCAUUGAAGUUGUUCCAACCCAAGAUGUGAAAAAGUUCAAAGGGCGUGAAUACUUUUGCAGGCACUGCAUGUCCGUGUCAGUGUGCAAUCAGAGGCAUUGUAGUUCCAUUGUAGCUUCCCCCUCUCAGUUUGCUGUAUCUCACUGCAGAGCUAAUGAAACGUCACUGUUUGGGCUCAUCUUCCUCCUCACUUCUGCACAUGUCUGCCUGCAGCAGGAUGCAUGCCUGUGAUAUCCUGGCGAGCUAACCCCAGACCACUGCCAUGUUAGAUCACAAGUGAAAAAGGUCGCACGCAGGAGGUGGUGUGAUUUGAAACCAGCUGAAGCAGAUGGCUUUUCUUCAUCACAUACGUUUAGAUGUUCUAUCUCUUUACACUUCAGAGCACUUUACAAAAUGUGCAGUGAUGGCAGGAGUGCUACUUUCAUGUUGGAUUAAAGUAUAUCAUGUUUCCUUUUGUGUGUGUGCAACCAUAUUAGUUAUACGCAGAUUAAAAAAUAUCUAUAGACCUGUAAUUUUUGAUUAUAUAUGUAUAAAGAUAUAGCUAUUUUGUAUAUUGUUGCUUGUUUAUUUUUUGUUUUAAUUGCAUGCAUGUUAAUGUCUUUCACAGACCUCUCUGCAUUCUCAGGUGAAGUUAGCUUUUUUUAAAGUAAAACGUACAUUGGGCUAAUAUGUGAAGAACCUAAAAUUUGGAGGCCCUUUCUCCCUUGUAGGCAGCCAGUGAUGCAAAUUUUAGUCAGUCUGUCGACCCAUUUAACAGCUGGAGAUCUAAAUGGCACAGCCCAAAUUUGUAUGAUUAUUUUUAUGCAUCAAACUUGUUUUAAGUCUAACCGCUUUGCAUCUCAAACUCAAAUGCUCCUGAUCUAAAGGGUGGAACCAUAAUCAACUGUCUCUGAAAGCCAGUGGGCAAACGGUGAGGAGAGGGCAUUGGUGGAUGCUUCAGUUAUUGUAUUACAGAUUUUUUUUUUUUUUAUUCUUAAAUGUUUUGUCAAGGGACAAAUAUUAAAAUAUUAAUUUCAUAUGUAUACAUUUAUUUGCAGCCAUGAACCUGUUUCAUAUCAGGCAAGACGAGACAAGUACAGAACUAAUGCGGUCCUCGUGUUUUUUGAGUUGAUUUUGUACACAUUAUGCAUAUGCAGGCUCAAUCAUAAUAUCUACAACUUCUUUCUAUUUACCAAAUAGUUAUUGGACUGGUUAUUUGUUUUUAAAGCAGAUUUUAAUCAUAUUUGCACACACACAAAUGUAUGUUUGUCCACUUCUGCCCUUUUAAACCUUUUGUAUGUGUUUGUUUUUCUCUCGGGUGCAAAAUUUUCAUUCAUUCUGUUAAAGCAACACCGCCGUAAAUAAUCUAGAUCAAAACGAUGAUUAAACCAAAAUGCAGCCUUGGUUUAAAAAUCUUUUAAAAAUUUGCCAAUAGUUUACCUGUUGCAAACCACAGCAACUCAUUGAAUGUUUAGUACACGCAGCCUCCGUGGUUUGAAACAAUAAAACCUGAAAGCAACAUAAUGUACCUGCAUGUCUGUGUGGGCCCAGUAGGGCCAAAUCAAAUCUUAUGUGCAAAUUUUUGUGUAAAUGUUCAAGAUUUUUGGUUGAAUUCAGUAAAAAGCAAACCCUGUUUUUUUUUUUUUUUUAAUCAAUUUUUAUGGCAUAUUUCCUUUGAUUUUAUAUUUAUUUUAACAGUAUACAUGUGUUCGUAGUUUCCACAUUAGCUGCUCUGUGAGUUUGUAACUUACACUUGUACAUAAGGUCAAUAAAGACACAAAGUAAGAAACUUCUUAUACCCUUGCAGAACACUGAGCAAUAAAAAUAUGCUGUUUGAACCUGACAGCAGUAUGUUUUAUAGAA